AUGUCAUCAGACAGCAAAGACAAGGAAAAGCAGCAAGUGAAGCUGAUGAUCAUGGAGGACAUGCACGGAGAAUCGAAUCUGGCAAACGUGAGUUAGUUCUAACAAAUUUGGAAGGAUAAUUCCGUAAGAGUAAAACAGCACGCACUAUUUGCGUGAGUUUGGCCAUUGAAAUCUUCUGAUAUAUCGUUUUUUCGAAGCGUUUUUCCUUUCCCUACAAACAAUUAUAAACCCUCUACUUUUAGAUCAUCUCCGAAAUCGCUAUGAUCCCUUCCGAGGGUGCUCGUCCUUUUGAUGACGUCUCUCAGAUUUGUGAUAAUUGGUUUGAGCAAUUGAGUAAGAUGGAGUGGAAUGAAGUAGGUGAACAAAAGCAUUUCAGAAAGCAUAUCAGCAUUUACAGACAAAUCAGAGAAUUCACAACCGCCGUGUUCAAAGAGUUUUCCAUCAAAUCGCUGGGUUGACGCCUUAUCAAAACGUUGCUGACGAAAUUUUGGAUCAAGGAGAAUCUUCUUCGUCGCACAAAGUCGACGAGGUCAGUGCGAGAGCGGCAGAGCUGUCGUUGUUGGAUAGGAAAGAACCGACUGCUGACAGCACAGAUGAAAUGGAGAGCCAGAAGUACAAGAACAAUAAGGAUGAAACGAAAGAGCAGGAGGAAGAGCUGGGUGCAGUUCAGGCUGUCAACAUAAUCGGCGACGCCGCCCGCAAAAAGAAUACGUUCAUCUCUCUGUUGGAUGAGAAUCCGAUGGCUGGCAACUUUGAUGGAAUGAAGAACAAGAAGGAGCAAGGAGACAUUAAGGAUACAAAACAGGAGAUGGAGCUAAGAGGAGUUCAUGCUGCACAAAAAAUUGGAGGACCUUCGUACAGGAAGGAUCUGGUAGCGUUGUAUAAGAAAGCGCCCAGCGUCAGUAAGUUUUCCAAGUUCUUGGCCAGUGCGAAUAACGGAAUUGAUAGAAACGAAGACACGAAGGACAAAAAAAGGGAGCAGGAGGUAUACUUACCUGGUGUGCAAAAAAAUUUUGAACUUUUGCAGGAAGACUACACUGUCAAUAAGAAAUCGGUUGUUGGAUCACCGGAAUCGGAUGUUGAAGAAGAGAUCGAGCCGGCUCCGGUUGACCAGCAAUCGAGAAAGUCUCAGCGACUUCAAGUGAAGGAGCAAGCUCAGGAAUCAAUAGAGUACAAAAAUCCUUUUUUCCCGUAUUGUGAGGCGGACAAGCAAAGACCUACGAAAAAACGUUCUCGACGAUUGAACAUGGACAGAAGCACUAAGAAGGCAAAGAAGGCAGAAGAGGAAGAAGUGAGCAACAAUGAGGUAUCUUUUUGAUCAAAAUGUGUUGUCACACGAAUAUUUUCACAUUUGCAGGGAAAUCAGAACGAUCCGACACUUCGAGUUGGUCAGUCUCUCGUGGCUGUCGAGAACACGGUUGCGUAUGUGUCUGAGACGGAAGACGAAAGUGAUGAGGAAGAACAAUAA